AUUCCUUCACAAAAAACCAAGGAUUACACAAUUGAAGGACAUAACAAUAUAACUUGUGUGCACAAAAACAUUAAAUUAAUUUCUACUAUGGGUGUAACCUCGUGCACAUUAGAAAUCACGGUUAUAUCUUGCGAAAAUGUUAAUGUAAAAGAAGAUGCAUAUGUUGUUGUUCGAGGUGAGUCUCUUAAUUGUUACACAACGAAAAUGGUGAAAAAUAAAGAUUGUGGAAACAACUCGAGUUUUCUUUCAUGGAAUGAGAAGUUUUUGUUGGACAUGCCAUUGCAUGCAAGGUCAAUCACGUUUGAGGUGCAAUGCAAGAAGCUCAAAGGUGUUCGCCCUAUUGGGAAGGCAAGAAUCGCACUUUCGGAUAUUCUAGAAGACAUUGUGUCGGAAAAUAGUUUGAAGAUUUUGAGUUAUGGGUUGAGGGAUUGGGAAGGUAGAAGAAAUGGGGUUAUUCAUUUUGGUGUGAGGGUGGUUGUGUCCAAGAAAUGCUCGAUUACCACGGCGGAAAAGGAAAUGGUUGUGUACGAGAAGAAUUCCGAUGAACUUAUCACCGAAAUAGAUGUUGGUGCUAAGAUGUCUAACGGCGUUGUCAUUGGUGUUCCACUGUGGUGGAAUUAUCCUACUAUAAUUUCUAUUGAAUAUUGAUAUUGUUAAGAAUAUUUGUGUAAAACUGGAGAGAAACAAAAUAGAGAGACUACUUUUGCGAUUCAGCUAAAAUAAAUGAUCAAAACUGCAAUUAAGACUAUUUUAUAUCAAAAAUUAUUGAAAUUUUUGUGUAAAAGAGAUUGGAGAGAGUAUUUAUCGAAACGGUGUAAUAAAUGCAUCUAGAAAAAGUGGUGUAUGUCCUCUUUCCACAUAGAACACUGUCCAUCUAAAAAGAGUGAAGGUCGAGGAGAGAACAUUUGAAAAUUAAGAAAACUAAAGAUAUAUUGAUGUACACAUACAAUUUAAAAAAAAUGAUGUAUACAUCCACAUGGUCCAUAUAUUAAAGAGAGAUAGAAAUAGAAAUUUAAAGAGUGCACGUUCACCUGGUCCAUAUAUUGCCUCCUAUAGUUGAAAAAGAGUUUAUUGAUGCCCUUCUGAUUUUCGAACCACAAUAGGGU